AUGACAAGUUGUGGUCAACAGUCCUUGAAUGUGCUGAUGGUUGUGUUCUUAUUGCUCUUGUCAGCAGCAUUGUCUGCGCAUUUUCGUGUCUGUGAGCCAUAUACAGACUACAAAGGCCGCUACCACUUUGGUUUUCACUGCCCACGUCUUUCUGACAAUAAAUCUUACAUCUUCUGCUGUCACCAUAACAACACGGUAUUUAAAUACUGCUGCAAUGAGACAGAAUUUCAGACUGUUAUGCAGAUGAACCUAACGGGGAAUGCAGAUGGAUAUAUGCAUAACAAUUACAGUGCGUUGUUAGGAGUGUGGAUCUAUGGCUUUUUUGUUGUGAUCUUGCUGGUACUGGACCUUUUAUAUUACUCAUCAAUGAACUACGAUAUUUGCAAAUUUUACCUGGCAAGGUGGGGAAUCCAGGGAAAGUGGAUGACACAGGCACAGAGCCGAUGGAUUAACCCUGCUCAGAAUCCAAGCCAAGUACAGACUCAGCCUCAGUCUCAGCCUCAGCCUCAAAUGUCACAGGCAGUACAUACUUUAAAAGGAGAUGCUUUAAACCCACCAUUGAUGUCUUUUCAGAGUUCAUCUGCCUGCAUUAAACGGGGAUCAUACGUUAGGAUCAGGUGA